UCCAAAAAUCUAGUGAGAAGGGGAAUAAGGUUUCUUCGAAAAAAAAUCCAAUCGCUUUACACAACAUCGUCUGAGAUUCUUAGACACAUAAUUCUUCAUCAAGCUCAUACUGUCGUCUUCAUUUUCUGUUUCUUUCUCGUUUCUGUUGCUAUCCAUCUCAAUACUUUCGAAAGUCAUGGAACUUCAUAUAAAGUCGCAGGAUUUAUAUGUAACAAUUUGAUGCAUGUCCUUUUUCUACUCCUUCCUUAUUUCAUAACCAGAAAAGAUUAGCAACAUCUCCAUCAACAAUGGGAAAUGUUCUAAAGCCUCAAGAUCCUCUUUCAUUUGCUUACGAGCCUCUCCUCAGCCCACCAGUGGAUGCAGAGAACGCGAGUCUGAGAGUCUUCAGCUGUGUCAAGGAAUUGAAGAAAGCAACCAAGAACUUCGAAAGAGAGAGGGUUGUAGAUGGUGAGGAUGGCUCAGUUCGAACAUUCUACAAGGCCUCCAUCGAUGAUACCUCAUCAAGAACUAAAACUAGAAUCUCUGUUUCUGUCAUGGAAUGUGUUCAAGAUAGUUUAGAUGCUAUAGAAGCGUGGAAGGAAGAGGUGAAGUCUCUAGGAGAACAUUCUCAUCCAAACAUAGUAAAUUUUUUGGGUUACUGUUGUGAAGAUACCAAAUCACUAUUGGUAUUCGAAUACUUGCACAAAGGAACUUUGGAUCAUCACAUCUACGGAAAAAAUGAGGUCUUGUCAUGGGCAACACGGGUUAAGAUAGCCAAUGGAAUAGCACAGGGUGUUGCAUUUCUCCACUUAAUCAACAACUCCUCGCUAUAUUUUGAACUCAGAAUGCAUAACAUUAUGCUUGACGAGGAACACAAUGCAAAACUGUUUUACCUUGCAACAAACAAAAAAUGUCUGGAAAAUUGCUUGAUUCUUGAGAGAGGACAUAUAUACAUGCCUCAUGGAUGUGAUUUUAAAAUGGAUACCGAUGUUUUCGCAUUUGGUGUGAUUUUGCCUGAGCUUUUUACUUGUUCGAAAGAAGGGGACUUGCUUGCGCAUUCAAUUGCUUUGAGAAAUGGAGCAAAAAAGUUGAAGAGGAAUAAAAGCUUAGAUGUUGGGGGGACUAGACCUUUCUCGUUUACGAAAAUAAUUGAUCCUCGACUUGAGGGUGAUUAUCCUGUGACUGCGGCAGUGCGGAUGGGCACGCUCAUCCAAAAAUGCACCGAGGACAGGCCUACACGACCGUCCAUGCACCAAGUUCUGGAUGUUCUGAAUCAUAUUGCGGAGAUUCAUUAGAGUACCCAUAUGAAUUUGGUUUCACGUUGUAAACAUUUUAUAACUGGUUCGUCCUUGUCCUGCUUUUGUU